AUGCCACAAGAUAAAAGUGAACUUGACUGUGGUAAAGUACUUACUAAUCAGGAUAGUGGUGUUGGGUUUAGCACUAUCAAUACUAGUCCCCCGCAUCAACAGUCGAGCGAUUGUAUUUCUAACAUGAAGGAAAACCUAAUUCCGGAGGUGAAGAAUAAUGAUGAAUUAUCUGCAUCAUCUAUUACUCUUGCUGUUCCGAACAUUGAUUGUGGAAGUAAUACGACAAAGAUGCCAACAACAAGUACUCUCGUUGUGGAUGAUAUCAUUAAAAAUAGGAGGAAUAUUGAUGAUAAAAGGUCUCUUGAAAAUCGAGGAACGAGAACAGCCAGCCUGUCAAUGCCAACAACUAAUUAUUUAUUUCCAUCAUCAAAAAGUAACUUAAUUCCAAUAUUACCAAAAACUAAGGAUCAGGAAAAGGAGAAAAUGCAGAAAAACAAACUAACUUUUCAAAAUUCGAGAAAUUCUCUUUUUCAAAACUCUAACAAAACAACUUACACAAAAGUUGAAAUGAACAAACAAUCUAACGAUAAGAGAGGACAAACGAAAAUAGAUCACCAACCCAAAAAUCUAGAAUUGCCCUCAUUAGCAUCAAUUGUUUUAACACCAAAUACUCCUAACUCGGUAUCUAAUGUCAAUAUUGAAACAGACGAAUCAGAAAUUAACCCAAUACUGGAAUCAGUACCAUUCUUUAUAUUUUUAAAAAUUGGAAUACUCAAGGAAAACUCAGAACCUAAAUAUUUAGAGGCUUAUAGGGCUCUUUCUCAACAAAAUCUAUUCUUUAUGACCUCUUGGUUUAGAAAUCCAUUGCAUGGUAUUAUUGGAGCUUCAACAAUUUUGAGACAUGAUAUGGAAAAGAACAGUCAUUCAGAUAAAAGAAAAAAAAGAGGAAGAAAGAACAGCAUUUUACAAUCACCUUCUCAUUCACCAAUGAAUGCAAAGAAAGGAUUCUUACAUGUUUCAAAUGAUGAUGGACACUAUUCGAGUGAUUGUGAAUCUUCAUGUGGAGAUUCAACAGCUGAACAACCGUAUCUUGAAUUGGUGAAUGAUAUUUAUAAUAAUGCCAAUUUGUUACUUCACAUUUUCAGUACUUCACUUCAAAUGACAAGUCUCGAAAUGGGAAAUAUCAAAUUGAAGAAUGAACCAUUCAAUUUAUUGGACACAAUUGAAUCAGUAAUUUCAGUAUUUUAUAAUAUUGCAGCAGACAAGAAUGUUUCACUUCACAGUUUUAUUAAUUUAAAUUCUCUUCCAAACCAAGUGAUAGGUGACCACGUUAGAGUUUCUCAAAUAUUAAUGAACUUUGUGUCAAACUCUAUCAAAUAUUCAUCUAAUGAGCAAGGAGAGAGUUCAGUAAUUCUCAAGUGUGAUAUUUGUUCAGAUGAAGAGCUCAAAAAGUUGAAUGUUGAAAAAGAAAAAAUAAUUGAAAUGUUAGACGAUAAGGAGGACAUUGUUUUCGUUAAAAUUGAUUGUAUUGAUAAUGGAAAAGGAAUUGAAAAGGAUAAUAUCAACAAGUUAUUUAAAGCAUUCCAAACUUUUGAUUUGAAAUCAGCAAGUAACAUGGACACAGGUGGAACAGUAUUUGAUCAAUACUAUUUGAAAUCAAUUUCAGGUAAUACAAAAGGAUCGAAUGGAACGAGUUUACUAUUGAGUAACAGAACAGGAGUUGGAUUGAAUAUUAGCAAGCAACUUAUUGAGAAGAUGAAAGGAUCUAUUAUAGUUAGCAGCGAAAUAGGUAAAGGCACGACAAUGUCUGUAAUAUUUCCUUUAAAGAUAGCACCAACUCAAUCUGCACAAAAUCAAAGACUUGAAGAACUUAGUAUAGAUUUAGAAGAUUUCAACGUAUUAAUUAUUGACAAUGAUGCACUCUUUUUGGAUAUAAUGAAGGACUAUGUUGCUCAUAUUUGUGCUAAAACUACGGUUACCACUGUUAUAGACCCGAAAAGUAUUACGGAUAUUGAUGAGUCAAAACCAUUGGUAGUAAUUUAUUCUGAACAUCUCCAUGCAGAAGUGAAACAAAUCCUAAAAUUGGUUUCUGUAGAAAAGAUAUUGAUACCCAUUGGAUUGAGAGGAAGGACUAGAAAAUAUGCAACUAUGAAGUAUAUUAUCAAACCUGUAAAGGUUGACGAUAUGAUAAGCGUAUUGAACGAAAAACUCGACAAGCAAAAGAAGAAGAUUAAUUGUCAAAAUAUUAUUACUCCACCUCCAGAGAUAAAUAUCACAACUGAUAAUGUUCCAACUAUAGAGGUAGUAAUACCAGAACCUGUACCUUCUAAACGAAUACUGAUAACAGAUGAUAAUUUAAUUAACAGAAAAGUGAUGGAAAAGAUGGUUCGAUUGUUGGGAUUUACUGAAGUUGAUUGUGCAUCGAAUGGAUUGGAAUGUUUUGAAAUGUACAAACAAAAACAAUAUUCAAUCAUUUUAUUGGACUUGUUGAUGCCAGUCAUGUGUGGCAAGCAGAGUGUGAAACAUAUUCGAGAAUUUGAAGAGAGUGAAGGAAGAAAACGAACACCAGUAAUUGCCAUCACUGCCAACAUUUGGGAAUCAGUUGAUACUCUCUCACAACUUGGAUUUGACUCUGUCAUUUACAAACCAAUCCUUAUUGAAAAAUUGAGGGAGGAAGUUGAACGGUUAACGCAAGAAAGCAACUCAUAG